AUGCUCAACUCAACAAACAUCACCGAAAUUUGGAAUCCAGAAUUCCUCCGUUCUCUUAUUAAAGAGAAGCAGUGGGAUCGCUUAGCCCAAGCAACUGUUGAUUCAAGAGUUAUCGAUGAAUUAGCUACACUCCUUCUAGAAACAGAUAUUCUCAACACAUUAGUUGAUGAAAUGCCAAAGGAACACAUUCUCUCCCUCAUCAAAUUACUCCAAUUCAAUCACACAUACACAAUUGAACAAAUUUUCAAUACAAUGGAAAAGGAAUGCGAUGAGAACUCCAAGCUUACAGAUGUCGCAUACGACAUCGUCAAAUCUCCGAUCGCUUACAAUGCUGCUUUAAAGCCAGCACUAAAAUGCCUCCCAACAGACGUAAUCGCCAAGAUUGUCAAUGCUCGUAUACCAAAUACAGACUUCAAGCAUGGAAGUAAGCUUCCUGAGCAGUUACUUUAUGCUCUUGAUGGAAAACAUACAUAUAAAGACCUUCAGGAGCGCAAUGCCUACGAUUAUAUGACGAUUCCUAUCAGUUACAACCGUGAGAAAGUCGUUGAUACCAUUUUCAACUGUCUCCAGGACACAUUUCAGUAUGUUGAAACAUUAGAUUGGGAAUCUCCACUGAUCAACGCAUCCCUCGAUUAUAUUACACGCCUUGUAUCCAAUUCCUAUUCUAUUUGGGAGCCAAUUGCUUCUCUUCGCGAGAAAUUAGGCAAAAUUGUUUCAUCUUUCAAGAUCCACAAAGUCUUCCCAACAAUUGCCUUCUCGCCAGUUAUCAACGGCACAGGAAACAAUGGCAUCAAUAUAAUCAACCUCCGCUUCAAUUCUCUUGAACAAGCAAGAGUUAUUCCUACAAACUUCUACUACACUGUUUUCAAGAACUCCGUUGAGGAAAACAACGAAGAGUUCAUGAAGCUCGUCACCUCAAACUUCUUUACGAAUAACUCUUCCCUUAGAUAUCUUCGUGAUACAAAAGAUGGCGUUUACGACAAACUCUUUGAGGCCACAAUCGAAAGGUCAGUCAAGAACUUCCUCGAGACAGGAAACUCUACUCAAUUCGAGAGUGUUGCCGCCAAUUUAUUCCAUUAUAACUACACAGACUCCGCAACAAUUACAUUUGAUGACGGAGUUAAGUUCAUCAACGAAGUCUGCAAGAGAAUUCUUGCAAAGAAGUCAACAGUUCUUACAGAUUCAAACACAUUCCCUAAUAUCUGUCUCAGAAUUGUUACUCUUCUCUCAACACUUUCAAUGACAACAGAGAACGCCAUCAUGGAGAAGACAUACGGAACUCCAAUCGAAUUACUCGAGAAAGAUGUCCGAAAUUCAAUUGUUCUUGGCGCAAUCCGUCAUCCAACAGAGGAAACAAAGUUCUCACAGUACAUAACAUCCAACAGAAACACUGCUUUGGUCGGAUUGAUCUGCAAAUUCGCUUCUGUUUCUGAUAUCUCUCUUGUUCUUCCAGAAAAGAAGCGCGGAUCACUCGACAAGUACUCAUUGAUGCCAGGAAAAGCAGUAACAAGCAACCAAUCAACAAGAGUAAGUAUUGUUGAGAUCUUCCUUCAGCAGAUGAAGUUCUGGGAGUCAACAGACUUCCAAUUCCUUCAAUCCGGAUACCAGUUCUACCAGUUGUUCGUAGAAAAGAUGCUUGCUGAGUCAUUAAAAUCCGAUGAUGUCGAAUUCAAGAAAGCAGCACUUUCCUGCUACGAGAGACUUCUUUAUCUCUUGAUAGCAGCACCAAAUGCUCGCAAUUUGGCCCAUCGCCAUACAAGACUCGUUGAUUUAAUUGCAAAUCCAGUUGCCUGGCACAUUUCAUCACUUGUCGAUGACAAAUUAACAUCACGUGUCAUUGAGAACAUUGUUCCUCGCAUUCCUAAUUCGUAUCUUGCUAUUUUACUCUGCAAUGUCUUAUCCAGGUCCCAUUUCGAAGGAUAUUUACUUGACAAGCCAGCCACAGAGUACACAGCUGCUAUUAUGGAUUUAUUGAGGAACAAACCAAUCUCAAAGAACAAAAACUUCAAUUUCUACAUGACAUCAAUUGAAGUUUUUGAAUUCGCAAAGAGAGAUUGGAGGGAAGUCCAGAAACAAUACCUGAGUACAUUCAAUGUCCCAGUAACUGAUGUUUGCAACCCAUUAUUAACUGAUCACCCAGUUGACAUCCAAUACAACGCUCCAGAGCAGUUCCAGGACAUUCCAGAGGACUUACUUCUCUCAAUCAGCCAAUCCGCCUGGUUCAAAGUUGUUGAAUCUGUCAACGAAUACUACAAAGUAUACGAACCAAAGGAUUACGAGUCAGAUUUAGCACAAAUGUACAUCAAGAUCAGACAGUUCGCCAUCGAUGUUGCUCCAAGUACAUUAAUGAAGCACAUUGAGUUAGAACUUCCUACUCCAGAAAUCAAGAAAUUCUAUGAAACAGCGAUGGGACAAUCAGUACAAAUUGUUUACAACAAGGCAUACGCUCCAAUGAUCAAAGAGUACUUCCCAGACGCAAUUCUCAAUUUCGAUGCCGUAAAUAGCUUGAAUGUCAAUGAAUUCCUUGAUGAAAAAAGUGCAAGAAACCACAUUCCAAUCGAAUACGAUGGCUUCAUCUUCUAUUUGUAUUUCAAGCCACAUCCACAGUACCAAAAUGUUUUCUCUGUUGUUGAUUACAGGAACAAACUGAAUGACUACAAAUUCUCUGUUUUGACAAACACUGUCAACUCAACAAACAGUUUGUUUGACCAAGUACAACAGUAUAAGACAUCACAGUUGAUUGGCGAGAAACUCAAAGAAGAAUUCACAGCAAACAGAUCUAAUGUUAAAUCUGUUAGAAAGUCGUAUUCAAACAACACGAAACCACUUAAAGAAUUCAUCAAAGUAUUCGAGGCAUUGAACAAAUGCAAGGCUGCUGAUUUCUAUAAGUCAAUUCUCUGCUUGCAAUCACUUAAUAGUUUCUAUCCAACAUAUAACAACACGUGGACAGAAUGCCCGAUGAUUACAGAACUUGCUGAUUUAAUUAUCAAAGACAUUUCAGCACCAAAACUUGUCAAAUCAUUCGGAAAGAUGAGAGUUACUUACUCCGAUUUGAUUGAAAUCUUAAAUGUUUUGAUAACAAUCGGUUUGUAUUCACUUGGAACUCUUCAAAACUUCAAACUCCUUGCGAAGUUGAAUGAGAACCAAGUCCACGAGAGAUUCUCAGGAAACACAGCUUCAUUUGCCAAUAUCGUCAAAGGAAAUAACUUAGAGAAUAUCAUCAUGGCAAUGAACACUUCUUUCUUCGUUUCACAGGCCGAUCAACUCAUCAAUCUCAGCUCAACAAUGAUCUACGAAGUCAUCAAGAAAUUGUUGAGCGGAUCACCUGUUUUGGAUGAUUACAUCGUUACUCUCUGCAAGAUGUCUGUUUUCCCAGAAUUAGUUGGAUUCCCAGCUCCAUCUGAAUUGAUUGAAUUCCUCAAGUUCGCUGCAAAGAAGAACUUGCAGGCGAAGAGAGCAGCUGUUGCAUGCGCAUCAUUCUAUGUACAGUUGCAUUCACAGUGCGGAUUGCAGAUCCCUGAUGUAUUCGAGAUUUUCGAACUCGCAUUCAAGGGAUAUAAUGAUGAGAUGUGCGCAUUCUUCUGCUUACUCUGCGCUCCAAAUGCAACAGAGAACGCAAUGAGACAGAUACCAGCACUCAGCGAUCUCCUCGCUCACGACGCGAUGCCAAAUUACUUCGUUCCAAAGCCUCCUGUUACAAUUCCAAAGGAACUCGGCGCAUUCUACGAAAAAGUCGUCGACAGCUUCAUUUUGUCAGGACUUGUCAGCAAAUUGCCACAGUACAUCGAGUUGGCAACACACGUCCUUGGCGAGUUGAACCUCGGUGAGUCUCUUCCAAGCAGAAUCGCUCCAUUCAUCGAGAAAGGCCUCAACGAACUCAAAGCCGGUGAAGACAACUCCGCAUUCCUCAAAUUCGCAACAUCAUUCACAGCUCUUCACGAGGAAUUCAAGGGAUGCUUCGAUAGCUAUAGCAAGGCAAUCAAGACUCUCACACUCCACUCUUACGUCAUCCUCAAGGAGAACGCAAGGAGAAAGGCAGACCAGGAGUAUCCGAAGUCUUUCGCAAAAUUGGGCUCCAAUUUCAAUACAAUUGAACAGGCAAUAUUCAAACCAUUCAAUGAAUUCAAUGAGCCUUCUGAAAUGGCAGCGGUUUCAAAGUUCUGCCGCAAGAUCUUGCCAACAUUCAAUGAGAACAUGCCAGCAGUUGCAGUCACAGAGUACAUUAACUUGCAGACAACUGUUGCAUACUUCGCUGGCCAGGAAGUUGAGAAUUACUCACUCGAACAAGACAAGAAGAAACAGUUGACAUCAUUCAUCAAAUCAUUCGCAGGAGAAUUCGAUAUCUGCACUUAUCUUCCUGAUCCAAUCCGCACUAUCUACAACCGCUUACAGAGUUCAUUCACAAGCGAACACACUGUUGAACUAUCCAAGUUACCACGCAAACUCCAGAGAGCAACACAACUCGCAAACAUGUUCGUCAGACAAGUCUUGGAUAACAUACCAGAGUUAGGCGACGACGAGUUAGUCAAGGUCAUCGCAGACUUAGGCAUAUUCGCAAGACAGGAACAAGUUAUCGCCAGACCAUUCGCUGCUCGCUCUAAUGUAUUGCACACAAGAGCUAUGGCAACUGGAUUCGGCGCUGCUCCUCCACCAUGUCCAGCACCAGCAGCUCCACAGGCUGAUUUCAUCGCUCCACAACUCUGCUGCUUCUCCGCUGCUGCUCCAAUGGCAUUGGAUGCUUGCAUGGACGCUGCACCAGUAAUGAAGUGCAAGAGUUUAGGAAGAGCUGCUCCAAUGGAAUUGGAAGAGCGCUUCGCAAUUAAUGAAGCUGAUGAAUGUGCUGAGGAUGAAGUCAUGCUGGAAGAACAGGCUGAACCAAUGGAAAUGUGCCUUUGCGGCGCUGCUGCACCUGAACCAGUUGCUAAUGAUGCAGAUGAUGAAGAAGCUGAGGAAGGUGCUCAGGUCGAGGCUUUGUCUGUUGAAACUGAAGAAGCAAACGCCGAAGAAGAUGUUGAUCCUCUUGAUUUGUGGAACUAA